GGUGGAUUUUGCUGUGAAACAGCAACACCAAUAGAAAGGAUUAUAUUUAUGUAAUAUUAUAUGAAUAUGUAGGCCUAGACCUAUAACAGGUUAUUAUAACAUUCAGAGUUUUUCCUGAAAGUGAAAGCAAAUUUAUUGUUAGGCUUCUUUUUUUUAACUGAAAAACAUUUUUUUAACUGAAAAACAUUUCCUUGAGAGAAAAUGGCUUCAAAAUUAGAAGAGGAUUACUCCUGUCCUGUGUGCUUUGAAAUCUUCAAGGAUCCUGUACUCCUCUCAUGUAGUCAUACGGUGUGUAAAGUCUGCCUGCAGCAGUUCUGGGAAAGCAAAGGAUUCAGAGAAUGUCCAAUCUGCAGGACGAGGUUAUCCAGUGACAGCCCACCUCGUAAUUUGGUGUUGAAGAACCUGUGUGAGACGUUCUUACAGCAGAAAAGCCAGAGAUCUUCAGAGUUUGAGGUGUUCUGCAGUCUGCACAGUGAGAAACUCCAGCUCUUCUGUCUGGAAGAUAAACAGCCUGUGUGUCUGGUGUGCCGAGACUCAAAAAUACACAAAACCCACAACUUUAGCCCCAUCAGUGAGGCUGUAAUUGACUACAAGGAAGACCUAUGGCUUAAAUUGCAGUCCUUAAAGAAGACCCUUGAGAGGUCUGAGGAAGCCCUGGUCACCUAUGACCAAAUAAAUAAACACAUUAAGAGUCAGGCCCAGAACACAGAGACGGAAAUCAAGAAGGAGUUUGAGAAGCUUCACCAGUUUCUACAAGAUGAAGAGGCAACCAGAAUAGCUGCACUGAGGGAGGAAGAGGAGCAGAGGAGUCAGAUGAUGAAGGAGAAGAUUGAGAAGAUGAGCAGAGAGAUCUCAUCUCUUUCAGAAACAAUAAGAACCUUAGAAGAUGAGAUGGGAGUUGAUGACAUUGCAUUCCUGCAGAACUACAAGAGCACAGUGGAAAGGUGAGUGAUCUGCCUCCUGUCUCUCUCUCUUCUCUGUGGUUGUGAACCCAAACCCACAGCAGCACUGACUCCUGAAUGUUAUUCCAGAGCCCAGUGCACACUGCAGGAUCCAGAGAGGGUU